UAUAAUAAAUAAAGAAAAAGCAACGACCUUUUUCUCAGGCUUUCACUUGUUGGUUGUUUUGGAUGUCUCAUCACCGACAACAAUGGCGGGAGCUUCAGAGCACGAAGAAGGAGGAGGAGGAGGAGGAGCAGCAGAAGUGAGCACUACUAGCCCUUUCUGGAAAGCCAUGGGAUUCUGGGGCUACCUCACAGUCUUCGUCUCGGUUCUUGCCCUCUUCCUCUCAUCCAUCUCAACGCCCUCCGCCCACUCCUGGUUCCUCUCCCUCCCCGACGAUCUCCGCUCCCAUUACUCCGUCUCCAAGCCUAUAAAGGCCCACCUCGCUCCCCAUCUGCCGCCUGUCAACGUAUUCGCCGCCGAUUAUGGCCCUAGAGACUCUGAAACUGUGCUUCUUCUCCAUGGUCUCGCGUCCAGCUCCUUCUCCUUCCGCCACGUCAUUCGUUCCCUCAGCUCCCGCUCCAUCCGCGCCGUCGCUGUCGAUCUCCCCAGCGCUGGCUUCUCCGAUGGUCUGGGUCACAGAUCCGGUGGAUUUUUCGACUGGAUUCGAGGAGUUUGUCGUGAUAUCAAAGAGAAGGGUUUGUUUUGGGGAUUCGAGCAGAUGGUGGAGAAGGGGAGCAAUCCAUUCGAAGAGAAGCCAGAGAGAAACAGCGCCGCUGUCGGAUCGGAAGAUCUAGGGAGGAUCAUCGGGCAGGUGAUUGAGUCGAUGGGGUUAGCUCCCGUGCAUCUCGUCUUGCACGAUUCAGCCCUAGAAGCCGGCGCGAUUUGGAUCUCGAGAACGCCAGGAUCGGUCCGCAGCGUCACGCUAAUCGAUUCAGCGACGGGGUUACCAGCUUUCCCAUGGGGUUUGCUGGGAGUGCCAGUGCUCGGCGAAAUGGUUCUCCGGUCAAAGACUUUGUUCGCCGGGUUGCUGAGGUUAUGCUGCUCGAGAAGUGUGGAAGGGUCAGCGGCGGAGGCGCACAGGCUUCUGUUGAGGAAGAAGGGUGGGAAGGAAGGCGUGCUGGAAUUGGCGAAGGGUUUGAAUGAGAGUUUCGAUGUUGGGGAGUGGGCGAGAUCGGAGGGUGUCCGAAGCCUGCCAUUUCUGGUUCUCUGGUCGAGCAUGUGGUCUGAUCGAUGGAUUGAUGAAGGUCGCCGCGUGGCUCAAGCUAUUCCAAUGGCUCAGUUUAGUUAUCACUCUGGAGGGAGAUGGCCUCAGGAAGAUGCAGGAGAUGAAAUAGCUGGAAUGAUAGCAGAGUUUGUGUCAUCAUUGCCGAAGUCUAUUAGGCAGGUAAAUGAAGACCAAGAUUUAGCGGUGGCGGUGGAUGUUGAGGUGGAGGUAGAGCAUGCUCACACGCAAAAAAAGUUGGUUGAAAGAAGCAACGAUGAUAAUGAUCACUUGUACGGUGAGCACCAGCAGCAGCCGCAACAGCACUAUGUUAAUGGUCACAUGGAUAUGUAUGGGCUUGGUCAAGAAUGGUGGAAUUGAGAAUGAUAGGUUGCUUUUAUUUUGGAUGAAUGGAUGAGCAUCCAGCAUCAGCAAUAUUUUCAUGGGAAAGAGCAGAAAAUUCAUGACACUCAUUCAGUAACAUCUGAACAUCAAUGAGCCGGUCAAAAUCACUGGGUCUUGUUGAUACCAAAUGUAUCCUCUACACCACUAGCUACCUUUUGUCUUCGCUCAGCUAUCAUAUUGGAGUAGGCCUGGCAAGCAGUAAAAUAAUGACUACUUUGUCAAAGUUUGUCAAGCAAUUCUAUUUUGAUAAUAGUAAAACACAUUGUGGCAUUGUCAGUA